AUGGUUCCACUACAGGAGGAGGUGGACCGGCUGGUGUCCUGGAGGAGGUGCACCAUCUUCUCCAUCACCUCCUCCAUUACCUCCUCCAUCAUCUCCUCCAUCACCUCCUCCAUCACCUACUCCAUCACCUACUCCAUCACCUCCUCCAUCACCUCCUCCAUCACCUACUCCAUCACCUCCUCAUCACCUCCUCCAUCACCUCCUCCAUCACCUCCUCCAUCACCUACUCCAUCACCUCCUCCAUCACCUCCUCCAUCACCUACUCCAUCACCUCCUCCAUCACCUCCUCCAUCACCUCCUCCAUUACCUCCUCCAUCAUCUCCUCCAUCACCUCCUCCAUCACCUCCUCCAUUACCUCCUCCAUCACCUCCUCCAUUACCUCCUCAUCACCUCCUCCAAUACCUCCUCCAUCACCUCCAUCACCUCCUCAUCACCUCCUCCAUCACCUCCUCCAUCACCUCCUCCAUCACCUCCUCCAUCACCUCCCUCACCUCCCAUCACCUCCUCAUCACCUCACCUCCUCAUCACCUCCUCCAUCACCUCCUCCAUCACCUCCUCCAUCACCUCCUCCAUCACCUCCUCCAUCACCUCCUCAUCAUCCUCAUCACCUCCUCCAUCACCUCCUCCAUCACCCUCCUCAUCACUCCUCCAUCCAUCACCUCCUCCAUCACCUCCUCCAUCACCUCCUCAAUCACCUCCUCCAUCACCUCCUCAAUCACCUACUCCAUCACCUCCUCCAUCACCUCCUCAAUCACCUCCUCCAUCACCUCCUCAAUCACCUCCUCAAUCACCUCCUCCAUCACCUCCUCAAUCACCUACUCCAUCACCUCCUCCAUCACCUCCUCAAUCACCUCCUCCAUCACCUCCUCAAUCACCUCCUCCAUCACCUACUCCAUCACUUCCUCCAUCACCUCCUCCAUCACCUCCUCCAUCACCUCCUCAAUCACCUCCUCCAUCACCUCCUCCAUGUAA